GGUCCUCCAUGACUUCUCCUUUUUUCAAACUUUCAGCCCAGUUGCCUGCACCCCACGGACAGUGUCCUAGCGACGACCCCUUCCUUCUUCCUCCGCCUUGUGGAAAAGGAUUCAGCCCCGUCCUCACCCUUGAGCUGGGGAAAGGUUACAGCGACCACCCUGUGCAUGUUGUCAACCCUUCCCCAAAGAUAGGCAAAAAGUGCACCGACCUCCCUCACCCCAGAGACCCUUCAUCUUGCCUCACUGGCAAGUCCCCCGGUGUACCUCGAAGAAUCCCCUCCCCACCCCCACCAGCUCCUUCCUCGCUCCCACAGAGUUCUUUUGAACCCUGUUCUCCCAUACUCCUUGGAAGGCCCUGUGGCCAGGGGCCCAGACUCCCUGGUUUAUCCCCUACAAGCCCUUGUCUUGGUCGGUUAGGCAUUCCGGGGCCACCCCCUCACCGUCAGCGGAACCCUUACUGCAGUUUGGCCAGUACCCCAAGAAUGCAGCGUCCUUGUCCUCCAAACUCGGUCUUUGACCAGCACAGUUACCUUUAUUACUAUAGUCCGGUGACCGUCACAUCCAUCACUCAGCCCCCAGGAACCAGCCCGGUGACCUCUCCGCAGCUCAUUCACAUUCCUUUGGAAACUGGUCCCAUAAUUUUACCUCCUCUCACUGCGGAGUCUGAGGGAACUUGUCCCAUGAUUUCACCUCCUCUUACUCAUAGGCCCCUGGGAACUGUACUUCCAGUUUCACCUCUACUUGCUCAUCGGCCCAUGGAAACUAGACCUGUAGUUUCCACAACGCUUUCUCAUGGGGUUUUGGAAACUGGGCCUGUGAACUCCCCUCUGGACUCUCACUGCUCCUCAGGGAGGAGUUAUAAUGAUCCUCCUCCUCCUCCUCCUCCUCCUCCUUCAGCCUCUUCCCGACCUACUGACAGCCUUUGCCCUGACCACCAUAAGCCUUCAGACUCUUGUGAACCCAAACCACAGCUUGAUGUGCCCCUUGGCAAAAAUUGUGGCUCCUCACUUUCUCCUCAGGCAGGCAUCUCUGGCUCCCCCAGGUCACCUCAGGAGGGUUCUUUUCCUUACUCCCAUAUUUCCUCAGCGGCCCACAUAUCUGCCCCUGGGAGCCCUUACUGUGCCAUCCGCCUGCUCCCUGAGAAUACUGGUUCUUCUUGCUCACCCCAGUUCCAGGCUCCCAAGAAGUCUUGCCUUGAGUCCUUUCUUUCCUGGGGGACUAGUGGGAGCACUUACCUCCUCCUAACCCCUGGCACCAUGAUUUCUGGUCCCCCCUGUCCUCCAGAACCACCUCUUUCCCACAGUCCUUAUUCCGACCCCUACUUCCCUUCACCCUUUGGCAACCAAUUUAUAGCUCCACCACAGACAGUUCUCCGAAGAAGUUAUAAUGAACCCCCUCUCCCUACUCCAGUUUCCCCCCAUGCAAAGUCCCCCAAAUCCUCAGAUGUAAGACAGCUACGUACACCCCACAAGUGCCGCUCCCUAGUCAACACUGCCCAAAACACUUCUGGACAGCCCAAGCCCCCUAAGGCCAGCACCUCCCCUCUGCCUCCCUGUCAGCCCCCUGGCAUCUCUGGUCCUGGUAUGGAGUCAUCCAUCACAGCUCCUUCAAAUUGCUGUACCAAAGAACUUCCCCCAGAUACUCCCUUACCCAGUAUGGUCCCUGGAGUCAUCAAACCAGUUUUCCCUACUUCUCUUCCUCUCUGUGACCCUUGUGAUCCUGUCUUACCCAAUAGUUAUGGUAAGAGCAGUCCGCAUGGAGCCUCCUUGGUAUCACCCUGCGAUACCCAUAUGUAUUCUGUGGUUCCCCCCACCUCUAAUCCCUGUCCACCCUCUAGUUCCCUCAUUCACUCUACAAAGUCCCCUCAGUGUCAUAACCAGCCUGUAGUACCCCCUUGUGGUACCUAUGGUGCUCCCAGGGGCCCACCCCUACCACCUUGCAAACCUGUGAUGCCUCCUUGUUCUACCCACAUCUAUUCUUUUAUCCCUCUGAGAACACCCUUUGACCCCCAGUGUUUACCUGUUUUCCCCCGAGUUCGGCCCUACCCUGAUAAUAUGCCCUGUGGCCUUCAUACCUACUCUGUGGCCUGUCAAGAUCCCUGCAAAGAGCCCGCCCAGGUCCCCUAUAGCUGCCCUUUGCCUUCACCCAAAAGCUCAACCUGUAGCAGUAAUAAUCCAAGCUGUAGUUCAACCAUUGUGAGUGAAUAUCAGAGUAGUGACAGCAAGAGCAGCCAGCAAAGCGAAAGUCGGAGCCAAAGCAGAAAUCAGAGCCGGAGCAAGAGCUCUCACCACAGCCAAAGUAGGAGCCGGAGCAGUAGUCCUCACCAGGUCGUCAUUCGGAAGCAGAGUGAGAGUUCUCAUAGUGGCAGAAGUCGGAAGCGCAACAAGAGUCCCCGGCAUGGUAAAAGCCAGGGCCGGAGCAAGACUCCUGGUAGGAGUAGGAAGCACAGCAAGAGUCCCCAAAAUAAGAAGAAAUGAGAGCAGAAAUUCUUACAAGACCAAAAAUCUACGCAAGAGCAAAAGUACAGACAGUAACAAGACUGCCAGUGGUAGCAAGCAUUCCAGCUGUGGCAGCCAGGACCAGAUUGUGGACUACAGUACUCAUGUGAAGUCUUCAUUUCCCUUUUAAUCUACCUUUGUGCUUUUCAGGCCUGACUUGUGUGCCUAACCACUAUCCCCAUAGCAGUCAUUCCAGAAGUUCUUGUUUUGGUUCACACCUCAAGACUUUGAGCCCUCCUUAUUCCUUAUCUUCCUCCUGGGGCCUGGGAACUGUCCCAGAACAACUCUCAACCUUAUGAUUCUGAGCCUUAUGUUGCUACUCACUGUAUGAUCUUAGGCUGCCACAGAACCCAAAUUACCUGCCAGUCGACUGGCUCUGCAGAAUUUUGACAUGACCUACAGUGUGCAGUUUGGGGAUCUUUGGCCAUCUAUCCGAGUCAGUCUCCUCUCAGAGCAGAAGUAUGGUGCACUGGUCAAUAAUUUUGCUGCCUGGGAUCAUGUAAGUGCUAAGCUGAAGCAGCUGAGUGCCAAGGACUUUGUGAGUGAAGCCGUCUCCCACUGGGAACUGGAAGCUCAGAGUGGUCGUUCUUCAACCCCACCCCUAGCCUAUAGUCCAAACCUUCGGUGCUUCACUUUUGCCAGAGGGGAUGUCAGCCGCUUUCCUCCUGCCAGACUUGGCAGCCUGGGUGUUAUGGACUACUACCUGAUGGAUGCUGCCUCCUUGCUACCUGUCCUGGCUCUUGGCCUUCACCCCGGGGACACUGUGCUUGACCUGUGUGCGGCCCCUGGGGGAAAGACACUAGCAUUGCUUCAGACUCUCUGUUGCCGCAACCUUGCUGCCAACGAUCUCUCCACUUCUCGGACAGGUAGACUACAGAAGGUCCUUCAAAGCUACGUGCCUCAAGAUAUCAGGGAAAGAAAUCAAGUUCGAGUUACUUCCUGGGACGGAAGGAAGUGGGGAGAACUGGAAGGGGACACUUAUGACCGAGUGCUGGUAGAUGUGCCCUGUACCGCAGACCGACACUCACUUUAUGAGGAAGAAAAUAACAUUUUUCAACGGUCAAGAAAGAAGGAGCGACAGAUGUUGCCUAUGCUGCAGAUGCAGCUACUCGCGGCUGGACUUCUUGCCACCAGACCAGGAGGCCAUGUUGUCUAUUCCACCUGCUCACUCUCACAUUUGCAGAACGAGUAUGUGGUGCAAGGCACCAUGGAGCUUCUGGCCAACCAAUACAGCAUCAAGGUUCAGGUGGAAGACCUGUCUUACUUCCGAGAGCUUUUCGUGGACACGUUCUGUUUCUUUCAGUCCUCCCAGGUUGGCGAGCUGGUGUUGCCAAACCUGACAGCCAAUUUUGGGCCUAUGUACUUCUGCAGACUGCAUAGACUAACAUAGCUUCACCCUGUUCCUGAAAUAGGAAGACAAAGAGUGUAUUCUGUUGGAGGUACCAGAAACCAAGACCAUUGGCAGAUACACCAUUUGGGUCCUGCCUCCAUCUUCCAGUUUUUCUGAAGACAGUUUUAAGCAGUAGGAAGUAGAAGUUUGCAUGUCCUGAUGUCCAGUUGUGGAGCAUCAGCGGGUUUCUAGCUCACUUGUACCUCUGCCCCAUCUCCACAUCUGUGCUAAAGUUUCCUACCCCUUUUGAGGGUUAGAGGAACUGGUGAGCAAGCCCACACUGUACACUGUAAACUUGGGAAGAAGCAGUUAGCAAAUAAAAUUGUUGAAGCUCCAUAGA